AGAAGAUAGGUCUUACUUGAAAUUUGGUUGGCAGAACUUUGGAGUUCAUUCUUAUUCUCCAUUAAGAACAAUAGCUAGCCCCACAUUACUGUCAGUAGUAUUACAAUGGUCCAUUUGAUACGCUGAAAUUAACUGUUAAAGUCACCUCUAACUCGCCCAACACGCUAAAAAAAAGGGACCACUUUCCUUCCCAAGAUACACAUCAUAAUGGGGAUGAUCAUCUCCUAUAUAUAGGGAAAAUGUAUGCUUUCUUCCUCACCAUUUAUCACCAAAGCCAUUGCCAAAGAACCCUCUUCGAUUUGUAUACAAUGGCUUUAACACAGCAAAAAAAACUCAUCACAGUCAUGUUUUUUAUUCUAGAGACUUUGAUAUCCCAAGCCAUGUGCCGCACUUUGCUUGAAGACUCGCUUGCUGAGAGACAUGAGCAAUGGAUGGAUCAGUAUGGACGCAGCUACAAAGAUAGUGCAGAGAAGGAAAAGCGUUUCAAGAUAUUCAAGGACAACAUAGAAUAUAUAGACAAAUUCAAUAAUGAAGGGAAUCGCACUUUCAAGCUAAGUGCCAAUGUAUUUGCAGACUUAACCAAUGAAGAAUUUGUUGCCUCUCAUACUGGAUACAAGAUUUCCUCCCAACCAAGUUCUCUCAAAGCAAAAAGUUUUAAGUAUGAAAACCUUACAGAAAUUCCAAUGACCAUGGAUUGGAGAGAGAAAGGAGCCGUUACCUCCAUAAAGGACCAAGGCCGUUGUGGAUGUUGCUGGGCCUUUUCAGCAGUGGCAGCCGUAGAAGGGAUCACCCAAAUCAAAACUGGCAGCUUGAUCUCUUUGUCUGAGCAACAACUACUGGACUGUGCUGUGGAAGGCAAUCAGGGCUGCAACGGUGGUUGGAUGGAUAAUGCUUUUAGAUAUAUAAUAAAAAACCAAGGACUCUCUACUGAAGAAAAAUACCCAUAUGAGACCAUGCAAGGAACUUGUGACCAUGAAAAGGAAUCUAUUUAUGCAGCUCAGAUAAGUGCAUUUGAAGAUGUACCUACCAAUAAUGAGGAGGCGUUACUACAGGCUGUGGCCAACCAACCAGUUUCAAUUGCCCUCGAUGGUUCUGGUCAAAACUUUCAAUUCUAUAAAAGCGGAGUUUUCAUGGAAGAGUGUGGGACUCAUUUAACACAUGCCGUUACUGCAAUUGGGUAUGGAACAAGUGAUGAUGGUACCAAGUACUGGUUAAUGAAGAAUUCUUGGGGCACCCGUUGGGGUGAGAAUGGCUACAUGAGGAUUCAGAGAGACACCGGUGCUCCAGAAGGUCUUUGUGGCCUGGCCCAGAAAGCGUCCUAUCCUGUUGCUUAGAUACUCCAAUGGUGACAUAUCAAGUCAACUAUGGCUAUGAUACUUAUAAGUAUUGCUCUCUCUUUCACUAUAUCUAUGUUAAAUUUGUUACGGCCGUGAUAAUGCCUGUACUGCUUCUUGCAACUUCAAAAUAUGAAUGUUGUAAUAAAUAAACUUGUUAGCUACUGCUAGAAUUAAGUAAUGUAAUGAUAGCUUAUAAAAAUCUCAACAUUUCUUUCACUAUAUGUAUGUU